AUGAAACCGGUUAAAGAAAUUUGCUGCAUCGGCGCCGGCUACGUCGGUGGGCCAACUUGCUCAGUUAUCGCCUUUCGCUGUCCUCACAUCAAGGUGACUGUUGUUGACAUUAACCAAGCCAGAAUAGACGCCUGGAACUCUGAUGAGCUGCCGAUUUUUGAGCCUGGCUUAGAAGAAGUCGUAAAAGCUUGCCGUGGCAAGAAUCUUUUCUUCUCUACCGACAUCGACACGCACAUCAGAAGCGCCGACCUCAUUUUCAUCUCCGUUAACACGCCAACAAAGACGUAUGGAGUCGGAAAGGGCCGCGCCGCCGAUUUGAAAUAUGUCGAGGCCUGUGCAAGGAGAAUCGCGGAAGUCAGCAGGGGAUUCAAAAUUGUCGUUGAAAAGUCCACCGUGCCCGUGCGAUCCGCCGGCUCGAUCAAGACGAUUCUAUCGUACAACACCAACCCUGAGAACUCCUUUCAAGUUCUAUCUAAUCCGGAAUUUCUCGCGGAGGGAACUGCAAUGAAUGAUCUUCAAAAUCCAGAUCGAGUGCUGAUCGGAGGCGAAGAGAGUGAGCUGGGACAUCAAGCAGUAGACGCACUGGCCGCAGUUUACGCAAACUGGGUCCCCGUCGAUAAAAUCAUAAAAACAAAUGUAUGGAGCUCCGAAUUGUCAAAACUUGCGGCCAAUGCCUUCCUCGCUCAAAGGAUAUCCUCGAUAAACGCCAUGUCCGCUGUUUGCGAAGCCACUGGUGCAAACGUCGACGAGGUCGCCUAUGCUUGUGGAUCAGACUCGCGCAUCGGCCCCAAGUUUCUCAAAGCCUCGGUCGGCUAUGGCGGCUCUUGCUUCCAGAAGGACGUGUUGAAUCUCGUCUACCUUUGCGAGUCACUCAACUUGCCCGAAUGCGCCGCGUAUUGGAAUCAAGUAAUUUUAAUGAACGACUAUCAACGACGCCGUUUUGCCUCUAGAAUUAUCACGUCCCUGUUCAACACUGUUGCCGAUAAGAAAAUCGCCAUUCUGGGAUUCGCCUUCAAGAAAAACACCGGUGACACACGAGAGAGUAGCACCAUCUAUGUCUCAAAAUACCUUCUCGAUGAAGGCGCCAAGCUGCACAUCUACGAUCCGAAAGUUCCCCACAAGCAAAUCAUCACUGACCUCAGCCACCCUACGAUUUCGAACAUGGACACUGUCGACAAAUGCGUGACUCUUCACUCGGACGUGUACGAAGCCUGCAAAGGGGCGCAUGCCGUCGCCGUUUGCACCGAGUGGGACGAGUUCAAAGCGCUCGACUGGAGAAGGAUAUACAGCGAUAUGCUCAAACCCGCGUUUGUCUUCGACGGCAGAGGAAUCCUUCCCCACAGUCACUUACUGUCCCUUGGUUUCCGUGUCGAGGCGAUCGGUAAAAAGUCAGCUCAGAACUAA